AACAGGAGGAGGCUGACGUUUCAGGCGGAAGUCGGGAAGGUUUUUCCCGCUCUGGUGUUUGUUUAAGCUAGAUGCUAACAUGUUGUUUAGAUGCUAACAUGUUGUUUAGAUGCUAACAUGUUGUUUAGAUGCUAACAUGUUAGCUCAGUCAGUCUGAGCCACUGGUUCAGUUUGAGUGACCCAGUGAACACCCCCUGUGCUCCGUGGUCCACUAAGACCGGUUCUGCUGUCAUAAUCUCAGGAUCAGGAUGGGAACCACCAGCCUGGACCGGAUCAAGGUUCUGCAGAGGAACCCGGCUAACAUCAGGAACAUCUGCAUCCUGGCUCAUGUUGACCACGGUAAAACCACGCUGGCUGACUGCCUGGUGGCGAGUAACGGGAUCAUAUCCAGUCGGCUGGCUGGGAAGCUGAGGUAUCUGGACAGCAGGGAAGACGAGCAGGUCCGAGGAAUCACCAUGAAGUCCAGCGCCAUUUCUCUGCACUACAGCAGCGGAGACCAGGAGUACCUCAUCAAUCUGAUCGACUCUCCGGGUCACGUGGACUUCUCCUCAGAGGUUUCCACGGCGGUGCGUCUGUGUGACGGAGCUGUUGUUGUUGUUGAUGCUGUGGAAGGAGUGUGUCCUCAGACCCAGGUGGUUCUUCGUCAGGCCUGGCUGGAGAACAUCAAACCAGUUCUUGUCAUCAACAAGAUAGACAGACUGAUCCUGGAGCUGAAGCUCACCUCUGUGGAAGCUCACAGCCACCUGCAGAAGAUUCUGGAACAGGUGAACGCAGUAACAGGAACUUUGUUCACGUCUAAAGUUCUGGAGGAGCGAGCCGAGAAGGUGGAGGAGGAGGAGGAGCAGGAGGUCUCAGGUGAAGAUCAGGUUUAUGAUUGGAGCGCCGGACUGGAGGAGCUCGAUGACUCCCAUCUCUAUUUUUCUCCGGACCAGGAGAAUGUGGUCUUUGCCAGCGCCAUCGAUGGAUGGGGGUUCAGCAUCCAGCAGUUUGCAGAACUCUACAGACGCAAGUUGGGGAUAAAGAAGGAAGUUCUGAUGAAAACUUUGUGGGGAGAUUUUUAUCUGAACCCGAAAGCAAAGAAGAUUCUGAAAGGAGCUCAGGCCAAAGGAAAGAAAGCUCUGUUUGUGCAGCUGGUCCUGGAUAAUAUCUGGAGUUUAUACGAUGCAGUCAUCACCAGGAGAGACAAGGAGAAGGUGGAGAAGGUGAUAACAUCACUGGGGGUAAAGGUCAUGGCCAGAGACCUGCGGCACUCGGAUCCCAAGGUGCUCCUGUCUGCUAUCUGUCACCAGUGGUUACCUUUGUCCCAGGCUGUCCUUGCCAUGGUCUGUAGGAAGCUUCCAAGUCCUUUAGACAUGACCUCAGAGAGGGUGGAAAAACUGAUGAGUGUCGGAGCCAGAAGGUUCGAUUCACUACCUGAGCAGACCCGAGACCUGAAACAAGCGUUYCUCCAGUGUUCCAGUGAAGAAGACUCUCCUGUCAUCGUCUUUGUGUCGAAGAUGUUCGCUGUGGAUUCAAAAGCUCUGCCUCAGUUCAGACAGAGACCGUUGAACUCGGAGGAGAUCGCUCAGCGCCGGGAACUGGCUCGGCAGAGACACGCUGAGAGGAUGGCCUCGGAUCGGACUGGGUCAGAGGUCMCCUGCCCAGAACCAACUUCUGGAGACAACUCAGCUCACAUGGAAACUUUGACCUUAAAAGACUCAGAGGAAGAGGAGCCAAAGGAGGUCUUCGUGGCGUUUGCUCGGGUCUACAGUGGGAUGGUGAAGAAAGGUCAAAGGUUGUUUGUUCUGGGACCAAAGUACGACCCUGCCCAGGGCCUGCGCUCGCUUCCAGGAGGCUGCAGAGCUUCAGACUGUGUCUCUGAGGUUCCUCACCUGUCCUGCUGUUCUGUGGAGAACCUUUAUGUUCUGAUGGGUCGAGAGCUGGAGGAGCUGCAGGAAGUUCCUGCAGGAAACAUUCUUGGUCUCGGAGGACUGGAGGACUUUAUCCUGAAGUCUGCCACCCUGUCCACCUCCCCCGCCUGCCCCCCCUUUACCCCACUCAACUUUGAAGCCACGCCCAUCGUACGUGUUGCCAUAGAACCCAAACAUCCAGGUCAGAUGCUGAAGCUGGUGCGUGGCAUGCGUCUGUUGAACCAGGCGGACCCUUGUGCUGAGGUUCUGAUCCAGGAAACAGGAGAACAUGUUCUGGUCACAGCUGGUGAGGUCCACCUGCAGCGCUGCCUGGACGACCUGAGACAGCGGUUUGCUAAAAUCGAGAUCAGCGUGUCGAAGCCGAUCAUCCCGUUCAGAGAGACGGUGGUUCGUCCCCCGAAGGUGGACAUGGUCAACGAGGAUCUGGGCAAACAGCAGAAAGUUGCUGUUAUUCAUCAGGUGAAAGAAGAGGUUCCUCAGGGCCGUGUAUUCGACACCCUACAGGUGGACYCUGCUGGUCUCGUUACCCUGACCACUCCCAACAGGCAGGCCACCGUUAGCGUCCGGGCCGUCCCACUACCACAAGAGGUGACCAGUCUGUUGGAGAGAAGUUCUGAGUUGAUCCGRACUCUGGAGAUGAUCAACAUGUCCCUCAGGGAGGGCAGGACCAUGGACCUGAGCCUCAAGACCCUGGAGGACAUUGCUGGACUAAAGAUCCAACUGGAGACAUUGUUGCAGGGAUGGAAGUGGAAGAACGCCGUGGAUCGGAUCUGGGCUUUUGGGCCUCGCAGGUACGGUCCCAACAUUCUGUUGAACAACAUCAAGGACUACAGCAGACCCUCAGUGUGGCAGUGCCUGGGUUGGGGGGAUAGGUCUGAUCCAGGUGGACCAGGUGGAGCUCCAGCUCUCAGAGACUUCGACAACAGCAUCGUCAGUGGCUUCCAGCUGGCGACUCUGGCAGGUCCCAUGUGUGAGGAACCCCUGAUGGGGGUCUGUUUCUCUAUGGAGAGGUGGGACAUCCUGUCUGCAGCUCAUCAGAACCCCCCGAAGGACGACUCUAAACCCUGUCAGGCUUCAGCAGACGAGGACGGGACGGCGGGCCCUGAACGUAGAACAGAGUCUUCAGACUGCUAUGGACCAGUUUCAGGUCAGCUCAUCGCCACCAUGAAGGAAGUGUGUCGUCACGCCUUCCARGCUCAGCCUCAGAGACUCAUGGCUGCCAUGUACACGUGUGAGAUCAUCGCCACUGCAGACGUGUUGGGACGGGUUUACGGUGUCCUCGGGAAACGAGAAGGUCGAGUUCUUCAUGAGGAGAUGAAAGAAGGGACGGAUAUGUUCAUCAUCAAUGCAGUUCUUCCCGUCGCAAAGAGCUUUGGCUUCGCAGAUGAGAUCCGUAAAAGAACGAGCGGAUUGGCCAGUCCUCAGCUGGUCUUCAGCCACUGGGAGGUGAUCAGCAGUGAUCCUUACUGGGUUCCCACCACAGAAGAAGAAUAUCUGCACUUUGGAGAGAAAGCAGAUUCUGUAAACCAAGCCCUGAAAUACAUGAACGAUGUCCGCCGACGGAAAGGUCUGUACGUGGAGGAGAAGAUCGUUGAGCACGCAGAGAAACAGAGGACUCUCAGCAAGAACAAGUAGAAAGAAGAGGACCCAAGGACUAGACCAAGUCCAACUCUAGGUUUAUACCAGGUUCAACCCAAGGGUUAGACCAAGUCCAACUCUAGGUUUAUACCAGGUUCAACCCAAGGGUUAGACCAGGUCCAACCCCAACGUUAUACCAGGUUCAACCCAAGGGUUGGAUCCAGUUCUGCCCAAAGGUUAGACCCGGUUCAGCUGUACAGGACAAAAACUUGUUCCAAGAUGAACUCAUGAAUCAGUCUGGUUCUUAAAUGAGAACAUUUCUCAUAUUUUACAGAUUUUUGGCUGUUAAAGCUUCAAGCAUCAUAUAAACAAUAUGAGGACAUUUUCAUAAUUAUAAAUUAUUCAGAAGUACAUUUUGUUGGUGUUAAAAUAUAUAAGUAAAGAAAUUGGAACUGA